GCCAGGUCGAAAAAGCAGCUUCCUUUCUCCUGCUGAAAGGGGCGUGGCUGUUGAUGCAAAGAUGAAUUGAAUAUUCAUAAGGUGGCGCGUUGUCAUUGGCUGAAUGAGGCUGAAAAAAAUCAAAGGCAGAAUUGAAAUGCACGGGAUGUAUGUUGGAUGGUCAUGAAUCUAUAGGAUCAUCGGAGGAUCCCUAAAGUCAGGAUACAUUUGAUGUUUACGACCGUUGGAAAUCGAGGCACCAUGUACUUAGGGUUGUGUCUGAGGGUGCUGAUACUGUCUGCUCUCACAGUUCCCAUCAGAGCAGCUCAACCUGCUCCGGAGACGUUCACCUUAACUGUCCCUGAUGGUCCAACCUCGACCCUAUCUGGCUCCUCUGUCUCUCUACUCUGUCAAGUUUCACCUCUCUUCAAUGCUGAGCCAUUGGAGGUGCGCUGGUAUCAUUCCAGUAACUCCCACAGUCUUGCCUUGUUGUACAAAGAUCACAAGAUCCAGGAGGCCCCUGUGGACCCCCGGUACAGGGGCCGGGUGUCUCUAACUGGGGGGAUGGAGAGAGGGAACGUUUCCCUGACACUGGAGAGGGUCACACUGGAAGACAGGGGGGAGUAUGUGUGCCAAGUCACCAGUGAACAGUGGUAUGAAAAGGCCAGUGUCUUCCUCACAGUGAAUGUAACAGGUAGAGAACCAGUUCUCUCUGUUGCUGAAGCAAGAGGAGGAGGAGGUCAGGUGAACGUUACCUGUUCAUCAGAGGGUUGGUCACCACAACCUAAACUCACCUGGAGAAACAAAGAGGGGACAGAGAUCAGAAAUGAACAAGAAGUGCUCAACACUUCUGAUCCCCAUGGCUUGGUGAGUGUCAGUAAUUGGCUGCUGUAUGCUUCCUCAUACUCCGAUUGGCUCGCCUGUACAGUCUAUCUGUCUGAGGAGGCGAAGAGAGAGGGCAGAAUUCUGCCACAUAUGAACACAGCUCCUACAGCUGUACCUGGAGUCUCCAAAGAGGCCUUCAUUGUGACUCUGGUCCUGUUGAUCCUGUCUCUGGUCAUCAUCUGUGCUCUGUGCUCUGUCAUCUUGUGCAAACAAAGAGGGUCCAUGUGGUCUUCAUCCCAAAAGUCCAGAAACCGUUCAGAUCAAGCUGAGCUGGGACAGAGGCUGGCAGAGACAGAACACCUAAUUGAAGGGGCAGAAAACACAGUGCAGAACCCUACUGACCAGAGAGCAGCUGGAAAUGAUGUUCAUCUGGAAGGGGCAGAAAACACAGUGCUGACACCUACUGAACAGAAAGCAGCUGGAAAAGAUGUUAAUCUGAAAGGGGCAGAAAACACAGUGCAGACACCUACUGAACAGAGAGCAGCUGGAAAAGAUGUUCACCUGAAAGGGGCAGAAAACACAGUGCAGAACCCUACUGAACAGAGAGCAGCUGGAAAUGAUGUUCAUCUAGAAGAAAACGCAGUGCUGACACCUACUGAACAGAGAGCAGCUGGUAAAGAACUUAAUCUGGAAGAAAACGCAGUGCUGACACCUACUGAACAGAAAGCAGCUGGAAAAGAUGUUAAUCUGAAAGGGGCAGAAAACACAGUGCUGACACCUACUGAACAGAGAGCAGCUGGAAAUGAUGUUCAUCUGGAAGAAAACGCAGUGCUGACACCUACUGAACAGAGAGCAGCUGAAAAAGAACUUAAUCUGGAAGAAAACGCAGUGCUGACACCUACUGAACAGAAAGCAGCUGGAAAAGAUGUUAAUCUAGAAGAAAACGCAGUGCUGACACCUACUGAACAGAGAGCAGCUGGAAAUGAAGUUAAUCUGGAAGAAAACACAGUGCAGACACCUACUGAACAGAGAGCAGUUGGAAAAGAUGUUCAUCUGAAAGGGGAAGAAAACACAGUGCUGACACCUACUGAACAGAGAGCAGCUGGAAAUGAUGUUCAUCUGGAAGAAAACGCAGUGCUCACACCUACUGAACAGAGAGCAGCUGAAAAAGAACUUAAUCUAGAAGGGGCAGAAAACACAGUGCAGAACCCUACUGAACAGAGAGCAGCUGGAAAUGAUGUUCAUCUAGAAGAAAACGCAGUGCUGACACCUACUGAACAGAGAGCAGCUGGAAAUGAAGUUAAUCUGGAAGAAAACACAGUGCAGACACCUACUGAACAGAGAGCAGUUGGAAAAGAUGUUCAUCUGAAAGAAAACACAGUGCAGACACCUACUGAACAGAGAGCAGUUGGAAAAGAUGUUCAUCUGAAAGGGGCAGAAAACACAGUGCAGACACCUACUGAACAGAGAGCAGCUGGUGAAGAACUUAAUCUGAAAGAUUGGCACCAGGUGAAAAUAUUCAAAGAGAAUAUCCUCCUGGAUGAAAAGACUGCCCACCCUGCUAUUAGAGUCAAUCAUGGAAAGCAGCGGGCUCAUUACGUUAAAGAAAAAGAUACAGAGAAACCCUCUAGAACGCAUCUCCAUGUGUUUUCUAAAGAGAGUUUCAGAUCAGGACAACACUAUUGGGAAGUGAAGGUAAAGGACGGAACAGCAGAAAAACUGUCAUGGUAUGUUGGUGUGGCCAGAGAAAAUGUUGAGAGAAGACCUACUGUUCCUUUAACUCCACAGAAUGGAUUUUGGAUUCUUUCUUAUGAUAAAGGAAAAUGUUUCCAUGUCAAUACCGACCCUCAACCACCAAUAACUGUGGCAAAGCUCACUAUUGUGGGAGUGUUUCUAGACUGUGACAGACACACUCUGUCUUUUUAUCAUGUUGAUACAGAGUCACUUCUUUACACUUUUACUGAUGUGAAGACAUCCAACUACUUUCCUCUGCUCAGCCCGGGACAAUGUGACAAAAUCCCAAUUAAAAUAAAUUGAAUGCAUACCAAAACCCCUUUCACCCCAGUGAGCCAAGUCGAGCUGUACUGCGCUGGCCUGGUUAGUAUAGGUUGGGUCAGCACAAUAGUGUGAAAAGGGUCUGAGAUGCAGGUGAAAUUCAUGUCAAAUGAGACAUGCAUUAUACACAUUUUGUGUUAUUCAGUGAUACCAAGUUGAGUGUCUUUUUCCCAAAACGUUUUCAGACGCCACAAGAAAAAGAGAGCACUAGUCAUGUUUUCUUUUGGUCGGCAGUAACUCCGCCAUGUUUUGUUGAACAAACCCUAUGGAAAAAUGAAUGGCGUUUUGGUUGGGUUUUUGGAUAAACGUUGAAAAUAAGGCCUGUGGUAAAUGCAGGUUUAGGAGCUAAUCUUCAUCAGCUAUUCAGAAAAAACACAAAGGCUUAAUUCAUAAUAUCUAAUAGGAACGUUAUCUCAGAUCAAAAUGUAUAACAUCUCCUAAGCCUGUGUUAACCUCAGAUGUUAUUUUCUGCAUUUAUCCCAAAACUCUAUUCUUUCCCCCUAAGAAUGGCUGAACGAACCAAAACCUACACAUACAAAUCUUUUAGGACUACAAGCUGGCGAGUUUUAUAAAAUCAACAAAAAAUCUUUUACUUUUUUUCUAACUGUAGCUAGAUUCUGAAUAUAUAUAUACUGUGAAGCUACUGUUGUGCAAGUUAGCAAUAUACUUUGCAUUCUUGAAUUAUGUUAAAAUGUUGUCCCAAUUAAUAAAUUACUGUAAUCUGUUGAUACAA